UUGAAGUUAGUUUGUGUUGUGUGCCACGGGCCAGUCGGACGCGUCGUACUUUUGCUAAUAAAAACAAUAAUUUUAGAAAGAAAUAGAAAAUAGAAAGUCAAUUAAAAAGGACAGAUUUUCUGUAUUUUAGCAGGUGCAUAAAUUUGUUACAAAUGGAAUACGAGAAACACAUAAAUAGACUUGUAUUAGGGUUCUUAAAAAAUAAUUGUCACGCGGCCUACAAGGCUUUCCUGAAACAGAAUUUUCAACAUUGUGGCAAACAUAUAAAUACUAGAAUUGCUGGACAAAGUUUGGAAGAUAUUUUAACGGCACACUCACACAUUUACGAAAUAAUUCAAGGAUAUUUGGAAGACACAAAUUAUUGCAAAUUGAAAGGCAAUGAAUUCCUCUCCCCAGUUUAUUUGCCAAAUCAACUGCUGUUUUUGCUGGACAAAACCACUCCUUCAUUAUCACCAAGAAGGUCAUCCAGUGAGUCUUCUGCCAUUGAAUCGCAAUUUCCAGAGAGUCAUGCUUCUGAUAUUGAAACCACCCCAGAAUAUAGCUUGCCUGGGCAUAUAAAUUAUGUGAAGAACAAUUUAAAUUACAACGUGAAAGCUUCAAGAAGAAAUCUAAAUACACAUAAAACUACUGCAAUAGAGAAAUUGGCGACACCAGAAAAGGAUGUUAUAUCAGAAGUUAUGAGUCAAACAUUGUUGCAAAAUACAGAAUUUCAAGAAAAACUAGCCAAGACAAUUAAUACUGUGCUCAAUACACCAGAAGUAACGUGUUCUAAAGCUGAUGAAGAUGUACAUGAUGGUAUUUCAGUUGAACUGGAUGCUACCAUAAAAAAUGUGUUGAAACGCACAGAAGCAGAUCCCAUGUUUGAAGAGGUUUUGCAAGACUUUUUGGGCCAACCAAUCAUCAACAGCAUAAAUAAAGUUAUUAAUACAGAAACUCCUCCUAGUAGCACCCCUGCAAGCAUUAAUAACGAUAUUUCAGCUUCAAACUGUCACAAUAAUGUCUUGAAUGAGGAAACAGAUAAUUCCCUUUUAUCUAGUGAAAUGUGCAGUUCCAAGUUGUCUAGGACAAAUAAUUUGAUAAUGUAUGAUCAAAGUUUAAAUCCUCUAACAUCUACUUGUUUACCAUCAACUGCUCAAUUAGAAAGGAAGAAAAACGUUACAAGUGGGACUUCCCUUUAUCUAAAUAACAUGCCAAGUAUUGUGAUGUUACAGCCACCAUGUUUUGUUGUGGACCAACCUAUUACAAUGCCUCAGUUCAGUUCAGUUGAUCAGGAGAAUUUGGGAAUACUCAAACACAAGGAAACAAAUUUAGCAACCAUCGAAGGAGGUCAUAAUCCUAAUAGUGUGAUGUCUCAACAAGGAAAUGAAGUCAAGAAUAUUCAGGAAUAUGUUAAGGUCUAUAAUGUAAAUAACAAGAGUCCUAUUAUAAAAAAGAAAAGACAGGGCUUGAAAAGAGUAAUUUACCCCAAAUCAAAAGUUACUGUAGAAAUAAUUAAUAACAAAAUUGAAAAGACCUAUUCUGAAGAACAUAUACAAGCUGACGCAACAAAUUACAAAAGUACAAAUGAGUUGCCAUUAUUGGAUCAUGAAGUGCAGCAGCAGAGCCAUAUCAAGGAUGCUUCUUUGGAGAAACAGAAUUUGUCAUCUGGCAUUAAUAAAUCUGUGGAAAGACAAAAACAAGGAGAAAAAGAUAUCAUAACUCCGUCACCGUCAAUGACAAACACUCAGAAAAAGACUCCAAAAAGUGGCAGUCAUGUUAGGAAUUUAACUUUCCCAUCACCAAAGAAGGCAUUGAAACCAGUAGCUACAGACAAGAUAAAAGAAUUAAGAGAAACUUCUUCAGAUAAAGACAAAUCUGCAAUAACUAAAAAAAAGCCAAUAGAAGAAAAUGUGCCAAUAUGUUGGGACUCAAACCUGAGGCAGUUUAUAGAUCCUCCCAAGGAUGAAAAGAAAGAACCAGCAAAUGUGAAGAAAAUGAAGAAAAAGAACUUCAAAAAAGCCAAAGACUUAAAUGUUACAGCUGAAGAAGCCAGACUUCUGGAAAUGAACCUCAAAACUCCAGUUAAGGAGGUACAUAAAAAUGAUAUAAAUCUUGAGAAAAAACAGUUCUCAUCUGAUGUUUUAAGCAACAGAAACUCUGGUGACAUAUCCAUGGAAGAAACAACCUUUAAAGCUAGGCAUAUCCAAGAAAAAACACCUAUGAAGAUCCCACCAACUCCAACAAUUAGAUCUGGAAAAAAUGAAACCCCUUUUACUCCAAUGCUAAGAGCUAACCUAAAAGAAAUCACAGGAGGAGAGAAUUUCUCUGUGGAUACUCCUAACUUUCCAGUUACUCCAGGUUUUUCCUUUAUAGGCAAUCCACAUAACUAUUACUGGUUGAAUGACCAAGAUGGUGAGAAUGAAAGGGUAUUCAGUAAUUUUAAACAUGAAGAGUGUGCUUCUAAAAUGAUAGUCCAAGAACCCAAAGAAAGUUUGAAGCAAACUAAAGACAACCACUCCAAAGAAACCACAACUUUAACUUGUAAAAAGCCACCUGUUAAGACAGCAAAGGAAGUAAAAGAUACCCCUAAAGACUUAAAGAAAAAAAUAAAUGAAAAGGCUAUAAACCCAAUACUAAAUACUGAGGAUGCAGAGAAGAGUGAGAAAACAAGACAAUGUAGAGGUUCAAGAAAGACAAUUAGCCCUAAAAAGGCUCCAAGUACUAGAAAGUCUACCAAACAACCAAAAACACCGCAAACUUCCAAAGUUCACAAAUUUAAGUCUAAAAGUGUGUCAAAAAGCCCAGCGCAGAAACAGAAUGGUGAAGUAGUUCAACAUUCUCAGAAAGCGUCGGAUGAUCAAAUUAACUGGUUUAAAAUGAGUGGAGCAAAUCUGCACAGGACCAAAUCAGAUUUGGAUGAAAAAACAAAGGAUUCAGAAGAGACUGAGCACAAGAAAGAGUUUUGUAUGUAUGAUUAUUUCACAAUAAGAAAUUACUUUGAGGAGGACACUAUUGUUUACCAUAACGAUGAGGUAGCUUCAAACCAGGAGUUCCAAAGCAGUUUUAGUUCCAAAUAUAAGGCACAGAAAGUGACAUUGUUCUGUGAAGAUAAUGCAGAAAUUGAUAUUUACAUUUCUUUGACUCCUUUUGUCAGCUUACUGGAAUUCGGAUUGGACGAUAGCAUAAGUGCAAAGACGAGAAGCUCGUCAGAGAGCCUUAACGACAGUGGCAAGCGCGGGAUUAACGAAGAUGCAGACUUGGUUGAGAGCACGAGAAAACGCAGGCAUCGGUCUGACAGUUACAGUUCCACUUCUUCUAAGAGACUAAGGCCCGUUGACACUACCAUCUUGAAGGAAGUGAACAUAACGUCCUUCUUGUCACAGGUUCAUGGACCUACAAUUUAAGGAUGAGAGGUGGUUUAAGUUAUAUUGAACAUAUAAUUUUGACAAAUCAGUGUAUAAAAUAAU